AUGACGAAAACGUCACAAGAGCAGUCUGCAGGUACGCCGCUAGACGACCCCAACCAUGCACCUGCAGCCAACGCCCAGAAUCCCCAGAGCGGCGGCAACGCAAACGCCAACCCCGGGACUGGUGCAGAUCGAGUCUCGUGGAGCGUCGAGACACAGCCAGCUCUGGCACAGACCCGGUCUGCGCAUACUCAUGGCGCCAUUGACCGAUACGAAGAAGCGGACUCUUCUACUGCCGGCCAAGAAACUACCAACACUAGUGUUGAUACCAAUCCUGGGACAUCUUCCUUGGGGUCAGAGCACGAGACGACCAGAAGCACCGGAGCCUGGACCGAUGGAUGCGAAGGCGAGGCCAGAGUGAAGGGGUUCAACCAUGAUCCAGCUUUCCGAACUUCCUGGGACGACUCCAAGGGGCCAUCCCAGCAUGCUCAGGUCACGGCAGGGUGUCGACUUGGACGGAUGUCAACAGGCUGGCUGGUGACUCGACUCAAUUACGCAUCAUACGUCCGAUUUUGUAGCUAUUUGUGA